AUCAAGGAAAAUUCCAAAACCCCAUUUCUCUUUCAUUUAUCUCUAUCCUUUUUCCUUAUCUGUUCAUCAAAACUGUGCACUGCCUAGUCUUUCUUUAAUAUUGUUAUUGGAUUGCCCAUACCUGCAAUCCAAUCAUCUACACUACACACUAUCUUAUUCAUUACAUAUAAAAAUAUAUUAAGAGUUUUUUAUUUCAAAUGAAAGGAGAAUAUGUACUAGAAGAAAAAAAAGAUCAUUCAAGUAGUAAUAGUAACAAAAACAGUAUGUUCGGUGGUAAACUUCAUCACCAUCAUCAUCAACAUCAAUCUCCUCAGAACUUUCAGCAAAAUCCUUCACACCAUCAUCAUCAUCAUCAACAACAACAUAAUCCUUCUCCCAAUUUUCACCACCCAGCUUUUCAACUUACUCGCGAAUGCCAAACUUCAGAAGAAGCAGACAGUACUACUCAUCACAUGAGUCCUACAGACCGACCCGACCCGUUAAACCCACAACCCGUUUCCACCGUUGGGCCGCCACAGCAGCACCAGCCUCCUUCCUCUGUCGCCAACGACGGUGCUACCAUCGAGGUUGUUCGCCGUCCACGUGGCCGUCCACCUGGUUCGAAGAACAAACCUAAACCGCCUGUCAUCAUUACACGUGAUGCUGAACCUUCCAUGAGCCCUUAUAUACUUGAAAUUCCAAUUGGUGUUGAUAUUAUCAACUCUAUUACCAAAUUCUGCCGAAGACGGAAUAUGGGUCUUUGUGUUCUCAACGGUUCAGGUACCGUAGCAAACGUUACUCUGCGGCAACCAUCAACGACGCCUGUUUCGACUGUUACCUUUCAUGGCAGAUUUGAUAUACUUUCCAUAUCAGCAACAAUAGUUCAACCAAAUGCUAGUGUUCCAUCAAACAAUGGGAUAGCAAAUGGGUUCACAAUUUCAUUGGCAGGUCCACAGGGUCAAGUGGUGGGUGGUGGUGUAGUUGGGCCACUUGUAACAGCAGGGACUGUGUACUUAAUUGCUGCAACUUUUAAUGGACCAUCUUUUCAUAGAUUGCCUGUUGAAGAAGAAUUACCUAGGGAUUCCGGUGAGGGCGGUGAGCAUCAGUCGCCGCCGCAUACGGCGGUUUCCGGCGGAGGAGAUAGUGGACAACCCCCGUCAACGGCGGCGCCGGAAAUAUCGAUGUAUAGUUGUCAUUUGCCAUCGGAUGUGAUUUGGGCACCUACUGCUAGACAACCACAGCCACCACCACCACCACCACCUUACUGAUUAUUCUUGAAGAUAGGUUCUUGUUUUGUUUUCAUGUUAUUGGGAUAUGUGUGACCUUUUGUCAUUUUUCCUUCACUGACGUUGGGUUUUGAUUUUGGGAUUUUCUUGUUUUUGGGCUUUUGGUUUAGUUUAUUUAGUUGACAUUAGUUCAUGUACUUUUAUGGUAAUUAAAAAUUUAAUAUCUUAGUUCUUUUUGUU